AUGAAAAAAUACAACACUUUAGAGGAAUUGGAUCCUAAUUGUGUUGUUGUCUUCAGCAAUGAACAUCAAAAUAAGAACAAUUUACUAGCAUUAUUGGAAGCAUUCACAAUUGAGAACACCAUUCCUAUCAAUUUAAGAUUUGAACACGGUUAUCAACCUACAACAGAUUAUUUGUUCUUACGUGUAGAUAGUCCCGAUAUUGACGUCUUUUUAACUACCAGUAUUAAAGAACUAACUUUUGUCAAAGAUAUUAUACCAUUAUAUGAUACAGAAAGAUCUAAAAAAUUAAAUUGGUUAUUUGAUAAAACGUUUAAGAAAAAUAUAAAAGCUUUACCAAGUGACGAUGAUUUAAAGCUUUUAACAAAUUUGACAAAUGAUCCAAAAUUAUCUUUAUAUUUUGCAUUUUUCAAAUACUAUAAUAAAUGGUUAGGUUAUUUGGCAAUUCCAGGGAUUUUCGUUUAUUACUAUUCUAAUGAUAACUCAUGGGAAUUUAAUACAGGUUAUACAAUUUUAAAUGUUGUAUGGUCUAUUGCAUUUAUUACGUCAUGGAUUUACAACAAACAAUUAUCUUAUGGGAAUCUAUUUGGCUCCUUUAAAUCAGUUUAUUCAAUAAUUGGUUUACCUGAUGGCUCUACUGCGGCAAAUUCGGUCACUUCAAGAACAUUUAUGAACCUAUUAUUUGUCCCUAUUCUUAUCUUAUUUGGUGUCUUAUUGAUGAUGUUUCAAUUCGCAUGUUUCUUAUUAGAAAUAUAUUUGACUCAAAUUUAUGAUGGCCCCAUGGUUGCCAUUUUAUCACUAUUACCAACUGUAUUAAUCUCUGUUUUUGUUCCAAUUUUAUCUUUGAUUUAUAAUAAGAUAUUUAUCGAACCAUUCAUUAAUAUUGAAAAACCAAUCAAUAAGGAAAAAUCUCGUAUUGAAAAAAAUUUUAUUAUUAAAUUUUGUUCAAGUUAUAUGCCUUUAUUAAUUACUUUAUUCGUUUAUCUUCCAUUAAGUUAUCUUUUCAAUUCAGAGAAAAAAUUAGAAUUAUCUCUAAGAGGAUUCCCAGUGAAGACUACAGAUUAUAUUGUUAAUACAAGUCGUCAUCAAUCGCAAUUUUUUUAUUUUAUUGUGACUAAUUCCUUGAUUCUAUUUGUCACUGAUAAUGUUGUUCCAAUCGUCUUAACUCGUUUAACCAUGAAGGCUACCGCUAAGAAGGAUGGUAUGAAACAACAUCAAGCCACCGUCGAAGCCAAAUUGAACCGUCAUGGUAGUAAAGAUCUAGAGAUUUGGAGUAUCGUUAGAGGUUAUGAGACUAGUGCAUGGGGUCAAUUUGAUACAGAUAUUAAUUUCCAAAAACUAGUCCUUCAAUUUGGUUAUAUUGCAAUGUUUGGUACAAUUUGGCCAAUUGCACCAGCUAUCUUAUUUCUUUUCAAUAUUAUUAUAUUAAAAGUAGAUUAUUGGAAAGUUACAAAUGUCACCAAACCAAAAUUAAUCCCUGGUGUUCUAGAUAUGAUUACCACUACCACAAUGACUAAUGGAGAAGAUAUUACUAAGACGAACGCUGAAAUGACACCAUGGAAUGGGGUUUUACGUAUUAUUGUUUGGAUAAGUACAUUAGUGACUCCAACAUUAACAAUAAUGUAUCGUUCAUGCUAUUUACCAGGUAUUGGUAAUACACCAAUUUUAAACAUUAAUAUGGAUAUUCAAGAUAAAUGGUAUAUUCAAAAUCCAAUUGUUUAUAAUUGGUCCACUAUUUUAAUUACUGCUGUCAUCACUGAACAUAUUGGAAUUGCAAUUUUUUUCAUCUUAAGAAAUAGAUAUUUAUCAAUUCAAAAACCUGUUAUAAUGGGAGGCUUUGUUCCAACUAUGAAAGGUGAAAUUAAUUAUAAUGAUACUAAAGAAUCAAAUAAGAUUGAAUCUAUUGAUGGUAAUUUAGCACCAAGAUCUCAGAUCAAUGAAUAUACCAAUGAGACCAAUGAAUUGAUCCAUAGAGAGAAUAAACGUACGGAGAGAGAAAAACAUUCAUCAUCUUCAUCAAACCUUAAGGACAAAUCACCAUCUGUUGGAAUCAUUGCAUCAUCUGAUUCUAGUUCAGAUACCACAUUACCACCAAAUUCAACAACACCUGAACUUUUAAAAGAUACAUCAAAUCUAGAUUUACAUAAAGUAUCAUCUGUUGAUUUAAGAGCUCCAAUAAAGGAUAUAAGUAAACUUGGUAGUUCUGAUUCUGAAAUUGCGGGAGCCACUGUACCAAAGAUGAUUCCUACAUCAAAAAAUUUUGAUUCAAGAAAUAAUUCUGAACAAGUUAUUGUCACCCCAACAACUUCAUCAUCAAUGCCUCAACAACCUCGAACCUCUACACCAUUAAAGAAUGUAGUUGCAACUGCUCAAAAUAGUAAACCUAUAGAAGACACCAAUACUGAUAAAAUUACCGCUGUUCCACAAAGAAGUAAUACGAAGAAAUCAGUUAAGAUUCAACCAUCGGUGUCAUCUAAUAGAUCGGUUACUAUAAAGGUUACUGAAGACAAGACGGACAAGGAUUCAUUAACACAACCACCGAGUAUCCAUAAGACCGCUCAACAGAUUAUAUCGCCCUCAAACCAGUCCUCGAUCAAGGAUACUCAAAGUAAUAACUCUGGUGCUAGACGUAAACAAGAUGUGUCUGUAAGCAGACAAACAAGUAAGCAAAUAAGACCUAAAUCCAUGGUUAUUUCAGAUCCACAACAACAGACGACGACAAAGAAGAAGAAGCGUGGUAUUCUAGGUAAGCUCAAGAAUGUUCUAUAG